GGAAAGUUGCUUGCAGAGGUGUUGUUGAAAGGAAUGCACGGGAACAGACCUGUGAUGCUCAUUGGUUUCUCGUUAGGAGCUCGAAUGGAAUUGUUGAGAGAGUUGUUCUUCUUGGAGCACCAGUUUUCAAUAAAAAAUGAAAAUUGGGAAGAUGCCCGAAAGAUGGUGGCUGGCAGAUUUGUCAAUGUUUACUCUACAAAUGAUUGGACACUAGGAAUUAUUUUUCGUGCCAGCUUACUUUCCCAGGGCUUGGCUGGAAUUCAACCAGUUGAUAUUAUUCAUGGGAUUGAGAAUGUUGAUGUAACAGACUACUUGGAAGGCCACUCAUCCUAUCUUUGGAAGACAAAAAAAAUCUUGGAGCAGCUUGAUCUGGAGAGUUAUUAUCCUAACAAACAACUAGCAACGAGUGGCGGUGGGUGGGGAUGGGGAGGAGGGGGUGGUGGUUGGUAUAAAUGGGGGUGUGGAAAAGGAAAGGGAAAAGGAGGAGGGAGGGGUAGACGUGAGCACAUGGCGAGAAGAUUCAACAAGGACGAGUACAAGCUAGGGGAGUUUGCGCAGUGCAUGGGUAGAAGGUGCAGAGGCAUGAGGUUGGACUGCCCUCUCCACUGCGGCGGACCUUGCUUCUAUGACUGCCGGAAUAUGUGCAAAGCUCACCGCCGCCGGCCCUAACCUCAUUUGUUAAUCCUCACUGUUUAUAGUAUUUUUACGCCUGUGAGGUUUAAUUGGGUUUUUCUUUGCAAUUUGCUAGUAUUUGCUAUUUGCAUAUGCUCUAUUUGAUUUAUGAUGUUGUUGUGUGUUAAUUAAGAGGAAGACCUAUACUGCAAAUUCAGUUCAAGUGGUUAAUUACUUGUGUUUUAAGUGAAAAUAACUUUGAAUUUGAGUU